GAGUUUUUGUUAAUAGAAUACAUAAUCAUAAAAGGAGAUAACUCUUGUCCUUGUAUUCUACUAUUUGUCGCCUUAUCAACAAGUCUUUCAUCUACAUAGCUACAAGACCAACCUACAAUGGUGAAGUUCUUUCUGUUAUGUUUAUUCCUUACGACAAUAUUGUGUUCGUGGGCUGACUCAAGCCCUGAAGUAGCAGUAUUGCAGGGUAAGGUCCUAGGAAAAUACAUCGAAACUAUUUCGGGGCGAAAAAUAGCAGCUUUCUUGGGGAUACCGUAUGCAGAACCGCCUGUUGGAAAUCUAAGAUUCAGAGAACCAGUUCCAUCAAAACCAUGGCCAGGAUUGCUCAAUGCAACAAGUGUACCCAACGACUGCCUUCAGUACAGUCAUUAUUACUACAAAAUGGAUGAUCCCGUUUACGGAUCAGAAGAUUGUCUGUACCUGAAUGUUUAUGUCCCAGAGAGUCCAAAUGUACAUAAAACUAAUUCUCUGCCCGUCCUCAUUAACAUACAUAGCGGAGCAUUUAUGUUUUUAUCUGGGUCGACAAGUGGACCUGAGUAUUUGUUGGAUCACAAUGUUAUUUUAGUCACUAUGAACUACAGGCUUGGCAUUUUAGGAUUUUUAAGCACUGAAGAUGACAUCCUACCUGGUAAUAAUGGUCUUAAAGAUCAGAAUCUUGCCCUGAAAUGGGUUUACGAUAAUAUAAAAGCAUUUGGAGGAGACCCUGGCGAAAUUACCUUGUCCGGAUUGUCUGCAGGAGCUGCUAGUACCCAUUAUCAUAUUCUUUCUUCAAGGAGCAAAGGUUUGUUCAAACGUGCUAUAAUCCUUAGCGGAUCAGCACUUUGCCACUGGGCGCAGACCGAAAAUUCAAAAGGCAAAGCUGAAACGAUUGCAAAUGAAAUGGGAUGCCCUGUAUAUGACACAGAAAAAAUGGUCGAUUGCCUGAGGAACCGGCCUGGCAAACAAAUUGUCCAACUGACAAAAUUAUUCAUGCCGUGGCUUUACAAUCCAUUUACACCAUUUGGACCAGUGAUCGAACAUAACAGGAAUAACGCAUUCAUUGACAAACUUCCCUCUUAUCUGAUUCGUAACAAAAUGGUCAAUGAUGUACCCAUUUUGUUUUCACUCACUGAAGACGAAGGACUUUAUCCAGGAGCUGAGAUUUUAGCUUAUCCAAAAGAAGUGGAAUAUUUAAAUGACAACUGGGAGACAGUGCUUCCACAUCUUCUUGAUUUCAAUUUUACUACCCACAUUAAUAAACAGUCGGCAGUUAGCAAAAUUAUUAGAAACGAAUAUUUUGGAGCUUACCGAGUGCAAGAUAAGAAAAAAGCACUUAUUGAGAUGAUUGGGGAUAGAGUGUUUAAAGUGCCUGUAUCGUUAACUGCCUUGUAUCACGCAAAAUAUCUUUCUUCUGAUGUUUACACAAUCCAGUUUUCAUAUUUGGGCAAAACUGGCCUGCAAGAACGCUUCAAUUUAUCGAGGGAUGUCUAUUCAGGUACAAGUCAUGCUGAUGACCUGUUUUAUGUUCUCAGAGCUGAAGAUGUGAAUUUUGACCAUAUCAAAGAGUCAUUGGAAAUGUCAAAAAGAAUGGUCAAUUUGUGGAUGACCUUUAUUACUGGGAAACCUUUUAAAAAAAAAUUGUUGCCACUGAAGAAGACUUUACCUGAUUAUUCCUAUUUGAAGGUUAAAAGUGCCAAUCCUAUGGACGAUGAGUUCAUUACAGAUCCAAAUUAUGGCAGAAUUCGCUUUUGGAGAAAGGUUAAUUUUCAUGAAGAUUCACGAUACAAUUUCAUAGAAAGGCCUCAUGAUGAAUUGUGAAGUUUUCAUGACCCUGGUGUUUUGUAUAGUGCCAAAAUACUACAACUUAAAAGUUAUGAAUACAAUUAAAAGGUGUCAUUCUUUAAAUAAUUAAAAUGUAACUUUUAAAUAAAUGUUAAAUAGAUUAUAGAUGGAAUAAACAAAUGGAACCAUCAAAUAAUUAAAUGUGAUAAGUAUUGCUGUAAUACAUUUUUAACUUAAUCAAAAAAUUUCAAUUUGGAUAAAGGAUGUAGGCUUGUCUGAGUAUUAACAUUAUGUUAAAGGACAUCAACACAUAAUAAAAAUGAAUGUCUUUAAAAUAAAUGCUAUUUUUACAAACAGGUGUAAA